AGGGGUCUUGGACCAGACCACCCCCAUACCCUAAUAAGUGUCGACAAUCUCGCUAUCGUACUGCGACACCAGGGAAAAUAUGAUGAAUCAGAGUCAAUGCAUCGGCAUUCACUGAAGGGGCGCGAGAAGGUUCUUGGGCCAGACCACCCCCACACCCUAAUAAGUGUCGAAAAUCUAGCCAUCGUACUUCGACAUCAAGGAAAGUACGAUGAAUCGGGGGAGAUGCAUCGGCAUGCAUGGGCGCGGCGGGAGAAGAUUCUUGGACCAGACCACCCCUGCACCCUAGCAAGCGCCAACAGUCUAGCUGUGGUGUUGCUGUAUCGAGGGAAGU